AUGGAGGAUGAUGGACCUACACAUAUCUACAACUUCAAAGUCAUUGCUAUGGUCUUGAUCGUUUCCCUUGGUGGUAUGAUCUUUGGUUAUGAUACUGGUCAGAUCUCUGGUUUCCUCGAAAUGAGAGACUUCUUAGACCGCUUCGGUGAGAAUGGAGCAUUCUCUUCCUCGAGAGAAGGUACAAUUGUUGGCCUGUUGUCUAUCGGUACUCUACUCGGAGCUAUCAUUGCUGCGCCCAUCGCCGAUAGGCUUGGACGCCGGAUGUGUAUCCUGAUUGGCAACAUCGUCUUCUGGAUUGGUAUGAUCGUACAGAUGACAUCAACGCACCACUGGUACCAGAUUGCAAUUGGCAGAUGGGUCGCUGGACUUGGUGUCGGUGCACUUUCCGUCUUGACUCCUAUGUACAUGAGUGAAACUGCCCCUAAGAACAUCCGCGGUAGCAUGGUGUCUUGUUAUCAGCUUUUCAUCACUCUUGGUAUCCUGGUCGCAGAUGCUAUCAACCUCGGUACCAAGAACAUUAAUGGACCUGCUUCGUGGCGUAUCACUAUGGGCAUUGGCUUCGUUUGGUCUGUCGUUAUGGCUACAGGCAUCUGGCUACUCCCGGAAAGUCCUCGCUGGGUUUACCGCCGAGGAAAUGUUGAAAAGGCUAGAGAAACUAUCGCCGGUGUUUACGGAACCUCACAGAACCACUCGGCUGUUAACAGGGAGCUGAGAGAGAUCAAGGCUAAGUUUGAUGUCGAGCAACAAGGUGGCCACCACCCCUGGUACGAAGUCUUUACUGGUCCUCGCAUGACAUACCGUGUUCUUCUUGGAGCUGGUCUACAAAUGCUCCAGCAGUUGACUGGUGCCAACUUCUUCUUCUACUAUGGAACGUCCAUCUUCGACUCAGUCGGCAUCAGCGACAGCUUCGUUACAGCCACGAUUCUCGGUGCUGUCAACUUCGUCUGCACCUUUGGCGGUCUCUGGGUCGUCGAGAACGUUGGACGUCGCAAAGCUCUCAUCUUUGGUGGCUUCUGGAUGUUUAUAAUGUUUAUGGUCUUUGCUAGUGUUGGACAUUUCGAACUCCAUGCAGGUAAAAACACACACACUGCUGGUACAGUAAUGAUCGUCUUCGCCUGCCUGUUCAUUGCAGGAUACGCUACUACCUGGGCUCCGAUCGUAUGGUGUGUUGUGGGAGAGCUUUAUCCCACCCGCUACCGCGCAAAGGCCAUGGGUAUCGCCACAGCUUCCAACUGGAUCUGGAACUUCUUGAUUGCAUUCUUUACCUCAUUUAUCACCGCCGAUAUCGACUACCGCUACGGCUACGUUUUCGCUGCCUGUAACUUUGCAGGCGCAUUCGUAGCCUACUUCUUCCUCUGUGAACAUCAAGGACGUACUCUGGAAGAAAUUGACACCAUGUACAUCCUCCACGUCAAGCCCUGGAAGAGUUCGAGCUGGACACCCCCUGAGAACGAGGAACUCGUCACCGCAGAUGCCCUCGCUCUGACCUCCGGCGCUCGUGGCAUUAAGAAGGCAGAUGCUGCUGGAAUGGAGAGCGAACGCCGUGUCGAGAACAUGCAGGUACCUCCUGCCACUGCUACUCACGGUAUCCACGAUGUUUCAGGCACAGACUUUGUUCCUGAGAGCACGAGAGCGGCUGAUGGCCGUCCGCCUAACAUUGGAGAGUAG